AUGGCCGAAGAACAAAUAAAUCGUCUUGAAUCAAUCAUUAAAAAUUGGUUAAAUAAUGGUGCACAAUGUAAUUCAUCAUUAAAACCUUAUACACGUUCACUUUAUCCAACAUAUAAUCCUGGUAUUCGAACAAAACGUAUCGAUCAUAAUUUACAUAAAUCUAAAACUAAUAAAAAAUCAAAUCAUAAUCAAUUAAUUGUAUCAAAUCAAAGUAUGAUGAUUAAAAUGUGUGAAGAUUUUCUUCGGCAUAAUCGAGAAUUAUUAAACAUUUGA